UUCAUGCUGGCGACAGACAAGUUCCAACUGGGCUACACGGAGGGAGGGCACUGCAAGGGGGACCCCAACCGCCAGCUGGCACCCCCCCAGCGCCUGCAGUGGGACAUCCCUGCGGAGGGCAUCGCAGCAAUCGAGGCAUCACUGCGCGUGGCGCAAGCUCUGGCCAACGACGUGGACUUCUGCUGCUUCGCCUUCUCCACCUUCGGGAAAGGUCUCAUCAAACGCUGCAGGACCAGCCCUGACGCCUUCGUCCAGAUCUCCCUGCAGCUUGCGCACUUCCGCGACAAGGGCUCCUUCUGCCUGACCUACGAGGCCUCCAUGACGCGGCUCUUCCGCGAGGGUCGCACGGAGACCGUCCGGUCCUGCACGGCCGAGGCCACGGCCUUUGUGCGCGGCAUGGCUGACCCGCGGCUCAGC